AUGGACAAGGCUAUCCCUUGUGGCAGCAAGAUUUGCACCAAGAGAAUUAAGGAUCGAGAGCAGCAGCUGCAUAGAGAGAGAGUCAGGAAUAUGAAGUCCCAAGUGGACACUGGAAUGCCAACGGUUGCACAGCUGGAUCAUGUCAAGGUCAACUUGAAGAAAGAGCAGAUGAUGGAGGACAGAUACACAGAGAUCGACCGCGACAAUCGGAUUCUGCUCAAGAAAAUGACGGACAUCAUGAAGCAGCAGACUACGUUCACGCCUACCGGAGAAAGAAAAUCAGGACCCAGUAGCCUCAACAAAGAUGCAAGGAAGAAGGAGUUGAUCCGCAUUACACGGGAGAACCAAUGCAUCCUAAAGAGGAUUCAACAGGCUCAGCCGGUGUACAACCAUGUGGAAUGGGAAGACCAGCACCGGCGGAACGUGACGUAUCUCAAAAAUCGCUGCGAGUUCCCUGUCGUGCUCAGGACACCCCGGAGAGAGCGAUACGCCUCGAGCGAACUCGUCCACUUGGGUGAAGAAGAGGCCGGCGACAUGACGUCGCGGUCUGCGCCCUCCACCAGCCGAGGCCCUCCCAAGGAUGUUCUGCAGGACUUCGCGGAUGGAACCAACCAGAAGUACGUCUUGAAGGAAGGAAUGAAGCUCAGUGACAACUACUACUUGGUCGACAUGUCAACAGACGGCCGAAAUCUCUUCGUCUCGGCAUAUGACAACACAACCUCGAACACUCUGGAGCUCGUGAUCAAGGAGAGGCUCCACCGGCAGCUGUACAGAGAGACGAACGGAGACUAUCGCCAGAUAGCAGACCGUCUGAAGGUCUCCGGGGAUGGAAAACUCCUGCUUGACGGCGAAGAAGCUCCUGGCCAGGCUGCAUCUGAAGAGCUUGAUGCUGCGGCCAUGACCCGGCGCUCCAACAACAGGCAGCCGCACACCGCGCGCUGA